AGACAUUCAAAACCAGCAAAACUUUGCAAGAACACAAAUGUGGAAGAAGACGAAUAGUACCACAGAGAUGACGCGCGCCAUGACAUCAGCAGCACAGAGCUUCACAUUGUGUGAGUUAGAGCUUCCUGGUGAGAAGGUCAAACCUUCGCUGACCAAUUGAACCCCAACAGAGGAGGAGGUCAGGUGGGUUUUGGACAUGGAUUCCGUGAUCGUCCAGUGUAGGAUUAGGAAAUACAAAAGAGAACAUAUUUAAGGUGGGAUCUGGAUGAGACCUAAGCAAUAACAAUGUUGGAGUGGUUUCAAUUUGAGGAGGAGCUUCGUCGUCGUAGUGAGGUGAUCGGAGCGAUUCGUAUGGACAAGAGAGGGCUGGUGGAUUUUAAAUUAGAGUUUUGCAAGAAUCAAUUUGGUUGUGUUGUGAAUUAGGAUUUUUUUUUGCAAUUUGAAUUGGGGAAUUAGUUGGAAGAGUUAGGAUAAUGAGUAGGCGUCGCGGGUUUUCGAACAUGAGAGCAAAAGGAAGUCUUCAUCCUCCAAAUGCCAUGAGGAAAAAAGGCAAACAAAAAGCUGGAGGAAGAACUGUUGCUGAUGAGUAUGAGGAUGAGUUACCGGAAAAACUGACUCAGGUUCCUCGUCCCUGCCCCUCGGGGCCAAUUUCUACUUACUUAGUAGAAGGGUUAUAUGAGAAAAGGGGAGAUAAGCGAGAGGAGACACUAACCUUUAUGAUUGAAGGCUUAAAUAGAAACCUAAGCAAAAACUUGCUGGAAGAGAAGUUUGCUACCUUUCUAUACAGAUGCUUGAACUCUGUGAAGAAAGGUUCUACCAAGGAGGUGAAUAAUUCAUUUCAUGUGAUAGGCUUGCUGGCAACAAUAGUUGGUUGUGAAGAUAAACUCUCUGAAAUAUAUAGAGAGUUGCUUCCUGUACUUUCCGAAGCUCUGAAAUCUGGGUCCACAACAAUAAAGAUAUUGGAUUGCUUGGCUAUUGUUGCUUUCUUUGGUGCAACCAAUCCAGAUGAAACAGAGAGUGCCAUGCAUAUUAUAUGGGAGUACCUCAAUCCCGAGUCAGGUUAUGAUGUCAACACAAAAAAUAAUUCAGCGGAGUUACUAGUUGCCGCAGUAUAUGCUUGGUUGUUUCUUCUUUCAAGCAUGGAGGGAUUUAGACUCAGCUACACCUACUGGAAAGGGGCCAUUUCAUACUUCGCAAAUUUACUAGAUCACGACAACAAAUUAGUAUGUGGAGCAGCUAGUGAAGCAUUAGCUUUAAUUUUUGAAACUGGCUCUCUUGAAAAGUUCUGGAAUGAAGAAAAUGGUUCAAGCCCCAGUUAUUCACAAAUGCAACAAUCACUUGGAGCCCAUCUUUUAAAGAAAGUUAAAUGUGCUUACAAAAAUCUACGAACUGAGAAUAAUGCAGACAAAAUCCGCAAUGUUGUAAGAUAUUUUGAGAGUUCUCAUGUCCUGGCAGAAUCUUUAGUGGUCAAAGGGAAAGUACUAACGUUGUCAUCAUGGUAUCAAAUAAUUCAGCUGCAGUUUUUGAAGAGGUUUCUAGCUGAUGGAUUUAAAAAACAUAUGGAGGAAAAUGAGAAGCUUCAGAAUUUGUUCGAAUUCGAUCCUCGUAAAAGCAAGAAUUUAGGUCCAGAGUUGUAUGUGGCUACUACUGAUAAGAUCUAUGUGCGCUUCUUUAUGCCUGAAGAAAGAGAUCAAUACAUGCUAACGAAGGAACAAAGAAAGAAAGACAGGCUUCGGAGGAGCUCCAUUGUAGACAAAGCCAAGACACAAUUGAUGACAAAACAUCGUUUGUUGUCAAAGGAACUAAAAAGCUGCGACUAUGAUUGAAUAUGAAAGUGAACAACAACCGAGAUCACCUGACUAGCACUUUACGGAGAACAAGAACACCGGAAGUGUAGUUUUAUUUAGGGUGGCUUCGUUUAGAUCCUAUGUUGUAUUCUAGAAAUCGUUCAUUUUUUUUUUUAAUUUUGUAAAUCAAUUAACUAUGGUUUUCAUAUUCAUGGUGUCUGAAUUUUCGCUUAUUCUAUA